AGCAGAAUACUUUUUGGGGACCGACAAACUUCGGUUGGAACUAUUUCGACUAUUAUCUAAUCAACUUUCUGUUUAAAAUCAAUUCUGAAACAAAAUGUCCAAAUUAGCAGCCUUUUUUGCUUCGGAUAAGGGCCACAUGACAACUGGUGUACUAGCUAUCUUAGCUACAACUUCUGCAACACUCGUUCCUUACCUACCAAAUACCUUGAUGUUAGACAAGACUAAAGAAUUCCUCCAGCUCUUCAGAGAUGGCUUUCCAGUUCCUGUCCCAGCCGAAAUGAUUGAAAAAGUGAAUCAAGUUAAAAGUGAUUUGAAAUUGGAACAAGAUAUCUCAAGCAGAAUACCUUCAGAAUCAUCCUUCACGGUUUUUGGAUUUGAUAUUAUUCAUAUUGGAACUGCCAAAUUUAGAACUGGAGCGAUUAUAGGAAUACCUGCUAAUUACAACUACAAAUCAUCCAUCACUCCUGCUGACAAGCAAAAUAUUGUUGUGGGACAAAAAACUGUCCACUGGACCACUCCUGAAGGAAUUGCAUUGGAAUCUUCAUUACUUUUGUCUGAUUCAGCUCAAAAGUAUGCGAUCGCUCGAGAAAUGUGCAAAGCAAAUACCCAGCAUGUGGCUCUUCAAACGUUCGUAAACACGGCUUCUUGCUACGCCUAUUAUUAUGUGGCCUACAAAUUCAAUCGAAGAGCAAAUAUGUUUGCCCGCCCUUUUCAGCUUCGUGCAACUCUUUACACCCUCUUGGGUGGUAUCAUGUUUACUACGUGGAUGUUCAUUAAAGACUUUACAACGUACCGUUGGGAAGAAGAUGCUGACGAAGCAGCCGCCGGAAUAUCGGAAGAAUACGCUAAAGGCGCACUUGAGUUUUACAGCAAAAUUUUGCAACGAAACUUGGCAAUGAGGUCGCUUCUUGGCGAUGAAGGUCCCAAGUUGUACACUUCUUUAGGCAAUGAUCGCGAGACAUUUAGAACGAAACACGUCCCUUUUGUGACUCUUCGAGACCGGGCUGCACGCCGGUGUGAAUCUUUUAAAAAGCCAGAGGAACCGGCGCCAGUAAAAGAUUCUUGAAAUCAUAAAUGUCUAGUGCCAUUGUUCAUAUAGUUUCUCUAUGAAAGAAAAAAAUAAAAAUAAUGUAUGUAGUCUUGAGA